GUAGUUGUCUGAAAAAGAAAUAACGUGGCCCCAGACAAAAUAUAUCGUUAUAAGAAUAAAAUAGAAACGAAUACAAAAAGAGAUGAUUUUGACUUUGAAGUAUGUUUUACAAUCAACACUCAAAUAACGCAAUUCUUUUCUUUUCUAAAUGAAACCUGUGCUUUUCAUUGCAGUUCUUCCUGCUAAUAUGUGUAUUGAACAGCUCUUUCCAACCAAGGAAAAAAUCAAAUAAUAAUGUCAAGUGUCCGUAUCUUUUUUUUUUGAUGUCACUGAAACCUUUAUAUCUUUUAGGUGGGUUAAAGUGGUUAUGACAUCUCAUCGUCAUUUCUUAGUCUUCUACCAAAAUUGAAACUUUUGUUCAUUUGAAAUCAAAAGCAAAAAACAGAAUUCAAAAAUAUUAAUCCGUUUUGAUUUUACGCCAUUUCAAAGUUCAGAGUUUUAUUGAAUGACACACGAACUUUUUCAAUUAAGCACGUGGUCUGAUGACGCAAUAAGUAGGACACAAAAAUCAGCUGUUAGUCUUUUCGUAAUGGCGACCAAAGGAACAUACUCCAAACGUGACACCGGUAAAGGAUGUGUAGCGGGUGGCCCAGGAGGAGUUAGUUGUGGAAACAGCCAGUAAACACUCGGUCAAUCCAUACACCAUUUCCCCGAUAAAAAUAAAUACCCAGAGAGGUUCAGUAAAUGGGUACGCUUCGUUCGCCGGUAUCGGCCUAAUUGGACUCCCGAGUCAAAUCAAGCCGUUUUGUGUGGAGUUCAUUUCGAAGAUUCUUGCUUCACUACACGACGGGAUGUGGCGAUAUCUUUGGGAAUGAAGAUAAAAUUAAAGCCAGAUGCUAUUCCAACUGUGGAUGCUGCAAAUGAAAGCAAAAAAGAAGAGAAACUGCCAGACCGUGCGAAAAGACAGAUAAUUCGAAACAUUAAUAACGAAGAUAGCAGUAAAAACGAAGAGAAAGAGGUCCGUGAGUUUUUGUCAGACUCGUAUAAGCCGGAUUGCGACUCAGAUGAUGAACCAGUACCAGUAUACAACGCAGAAAAUCGUGAACAGGCUUGCUUGAAAGAUUGCGAUGAAUGUCAUAUCAGGCAGAGGAAAAUUGUCAAACUUCAAAAACAAUUAUACUACGCUAAAAAACGAAAAUACGAUCUCCAAGAACUGUUGGAUUUAAGGAGUGGUAGCUUGCCCAAAGACCAAAGUUUGGAGCAACAGAGCAGUGAUGAGAAUGAAGACACAAUGUUGGCAAGAAAGAGAACAUUCUCAGAAUUGUCUGUUGGUUGUGAUGAUGACAAUGAGGAUGAUGAUAAUGAAGAAGAUGAAUUUAAUGAGAAUGACACAGACUGGACAAGUCUGGAGGAGGAAGAAUUUUCAUCAGAUGAAGAAACAGAUAUGUCAAAAGAAAACUCUCAAAAUACUGUAAGAUGUGAACUUGGCACUAAGGAUGUUGACCAACCAAAAUUUAUUGUGUUUUUUGGAAUGCUGAUGCAGAUCUUCCAACAAUUCUGUUUCAAUUGCAAAGAAGAUAGUCCGGAAGUUACAAUCAAACAAACCGGGUCAAUGGCUACUGUUAUACAGACAUGUAAGAAAUGUAAAAAUGAAUUUAAGUGGAGAAGUCAGCCACUUGUGCUUGGAAGUAUCCCUGCUGGUAAUUUAAUGAUGAGUUUUGGGAUUUUAACUUCAGGCGUUAACAUCAGCCAAGUGUUCUUGAUGUUCAAGCACAUGGGGUUGGCAGCAAUAACAAUCCGCACUUUCUUCAGGCAUCAAAGGCAGUUUCUUAUUCCAUCUGUUUUACUGCAAUGGGAAAGAAAUCGAGAUUCAUUGAUCGAAAAAAUAAAGAGCAUUAAGGAUGCACAGUGGUCGGGAGACGGACGAUUUGACUCCAUGGGUCACAGUGCCAAAUAUGGGUCAUACACCAUGUUCUGCAAUUCAAUGUCAAAACUAAUUCACUUUGAAGUAGUACAGGCAAAUGAGGCUGGUGGCAGCAGUAAAAUGGAACUAUUGGGUGGACAAAAAUGUUUCCAUUUCAUACAAAAUACGGGCCUUACCAUAAAAAACUUCAUAAGUGAUCGUCACACAGGCAUUGCAAAGUGGAUCAGAACAUCACAGCCUGAAACAAAUCAUUAUCACGACCUGUGGCAUGUAUCAAAAAGUAUCACCAAACAGCUUCUGAAGGCCAGCAAGGAGAAGGGCAAUGAACCUAUCACAGCAUUGAUAAAAGGGAUAAAAAAGCAUCUCUACUGGUGUGCCACAUCGACAAAACAAGGAUUUGGUGAGCUAAUUCUGGCAAAAUGGAAGUCAUUUGCAUGUCACGUCACAGACAAGCACUCAGAUAGAUCAUCCAGAUCUUUUUACAAAGAAUGUGCACAUGCUGAAAUUGAACCCCGUUAUUGGAUAUACAAAGGUACAGCAGUUUAUGAUCGAUUAAAUCUGAUACUGACGAACAGGAGAAUCUUGGGUGACAUAAAGAAGUUGUCAUCAGAUGCCCAGACAAGCUGUCUCGAGGGGUUCCAUUCCCUACUGAAUCACUGGCAUCCAAAAAUGACACACUUCUCAUGGCUUGGCACAAAAUGCAGGUAACUAUCUACCAAACACAAAACUAUGACUGCAACUUCUCUGUUAAGUGAUGGAGGGGAAAAGUUUAAUUUUCAUGACUUAGCAUGACAUUAUUUCUUUUAUUAUAGACAUGCACUGGCCAUCCUGCACUUCAACGAAAAUAUAAAUAGUGAUGAGGUAGUUCGCGAAGUAGCAAUUCCUCCA